UACCUCCUGGGGCCCAGCUUGCUUCACUGGCUCUCUGCCUGGCUCCACCCCUGCCCACUGAGAACACACUGCUUGCCAUGGCUGCGUGCCCAGGAAAGCCGAGGACACUGCGAAAGGUUUUUCUCUGCAUUGCUGAACCGCCAGGGAAGUGAAGGUCUGUGCCUGCCUGACUCAGCACCGAAACUGCCAUUGCUGAGGUUGGAAGCCAGUGACCAAAAGUCUGUUCUGGAGACUGGGUAUCGCCGGGACCUUCCUGCCAGAGGACUGUGGAUCCCCCUCCUUUCUGUGGAUUCUGACAAAGAGAGAAUCAUGGCUGACAGCCAGAUGCCCUUUUCCUGUCACUAUCCUGGACGGCACCGAAGCCUUCGAGACCCCUUCAGAGAAUCCAGCUUGUCUUCUCGACUGUUGGAUGAUGACUUUGGGAUGUCCCCCUUUUCGGGAGACCUAACUGCAGACUGGCCAGAUUGGGCUCGCCCAAGGCUGACCACAGCAUGGCCAGGCCCGCUGAGAUCAGGGAUGGUCCGCAGCACUGGCCUUUCUCCACCAGGAUACAGCUCCAGGUUUGGGGGUUACACCGAAGGGGCUCCCUUUGGGGGAAGUCCUUCGUCAUUGUCCGGAGAGCCGUGGAAAGUGUGUGUCAAUGUGCAAAGCUUCAAACCUGAGGAACUGACGGUGAAAACGAAAGAUGGUUAUGUGGAAGUGUCAGGUAAACACGAAGAGCAACAGGAAGAAGGAGGAAUAGUCUCCAAGAACUUCACUAAGAAAAUCCAGCUUCCUGGAGAGGUGGAUCCCACCACAGUGUUUGCUUCCUUAUCACCAGAGGGGCUGCUGAUCAUCGAGGGUCCUCAGAUACCUCCCUACUACCAGUAUGGAGACAGUAGCUAUGGUAACGAGAUACCCGUGGACAACCAAGAAACCACCUGUGCCUGAAGCCUCUCAUUGCAUUUCCUCCCCUUCAACCCUUGCUCUUCCCUCCUUGUGUGACUGCGUUCGCCAAAAGCCGAUUUGAUUUUGUACAUUUUCUUAUAAGAUCCUCUUUUGUAAAAACAUGUCCUGCUGCUUCCCAAGUUCUAGUCAGAUCUCUGUGUUGCUGGGAGAAGGUGAGUGUCCUGGCACCCUGGAAACCACAUGUCCCAUGGUUCCUUGUGGCUCAGAUACUGUUGUGAGCAUGCACAGCUGCAUCCCAGGCCUAAAGAAGCCUGGGACAUCUAUCUCAAGUUGGAGGCUUUUUUUCUCGGGGUGUGUGAGUGUGUGUGUGUGUGUGUGUGUGUAAAAUGCCAUCAAGUCACAGAUGACUUAUGGCAACCCUGGCAAGGGCUUUCAAGGCAAGAGAGAAGCAGAGGUAGUUUGCCAUUCUGUUCCUCUGUAGAAUCGUCCUUGGCAGUCUCCCAUCCAAGUACCAAACCCUGCUUAGCUUCCGAGAUCUGACUAUAUACCAUGCUGCCUUCCCUCCCGUUUCCUUCAGCAGCCAUUGUUAUAACAUCUCACAUGUUAUAACAUCCCAUAUUUUUGAUACAGCUCCUGAGGCCCUAUAAUAGUGGCCUUGAACCAGAGGAACACCAUCCAGCAAGACCUGUAGCACUUCCAAACACACUUGAGGCCGAUUCUGAGGAGGAAGCUUCCUGAAGACAUCCCCAAGGAGCACAGGCUGCCAACUUCUGACCCUAGGACUGGUGUUUCAGAUCUUUCUGGCAGGGAGCUGGUUCCAAACUAUAUUGUCAGUUUCCACUGAUUCUUCCUACUUGUAGAUACUUGAGGUUCCCUCUCCCCCCACCCCUGUCCCCUGGAAGCAGCACUUUUUGGAGAUCAGUGGGUAGCAGGAAAGUUCCAUACUACUGAUGAAAAAUUUCAUCUGCAUCCAACCCAGGGAGUUUAAAAACCCAGAUUCAUUAACCUACCUAAGGAAGUCUGGAUGUUCUACAGGCCCCCAGCUGAGGAGGCAACAGGCUUAAGAGCCUGCAGCUAGCGACUUACUUGCUAGACCUUUAAACUCCAUGCACCUCAUUCUUAGGUGGCAAAGAUGUGGCAGUCAUCGGUCUUGCUCAAGGUACCUAAGGGCUUAUCGGAAAUCCACCCGCUGUGAAAGCCAGACUGCUGCUCUAGCACUCAAAAUUGGUUUAGAUAUGGAAUCCCUUGCUAUCUACCAUGGAACUCACAACCUUUUCUGCUUGCUGUGCCUGUUUGUCUGAUCCCAAUCUGUACCCUUUUCUUCUUGCCUCUGUUGUCCUUAUUUGGCCAUCUGAAGUUCUUGCCAAGCCUGAUGUGUGUCUUCUAAGAGCUUCAGGCCUAGAAUACUAGCCAUUGUGCAUAUGCAGAACCAGAUAUAGCUCCUGCCUCAAAGGUAUCAGCCAAGGAGGUAAAGGAUCUCAUGGGCAGCAAAAAUAAUUUCUGCAAGUUCACACACUGCUGGGAUAGCCAGCCCUUGUUGAACAUUUACCUUGAAUUGACCAUGAUUCUCAGCCCCUUGGAUUGUGGGGCUACCAGUGACCCAUCAAAACACUUACCAACCUACUACUGAUUUUGCACUGAAAUUGCUCCUGCAAUUGGUCCAUCCGAGUUUACAGAUGUUUCUGGAGCAUCAAUGCUGAACUACUGAAGAAGACAAGAACAUCUUCAUCCUUGAGAGAGGUGGAGCCAGCUGGCAUCUCUUCUUCACUACUACCACAACGACCCUUCCAGCGUCAGGAUGAGCCAAGCUAGUCUUUUUUUUUUACAACUGAGACUGCAACAACAUCACAGUGGCUUCUCCUUCCUGUAUAAGCACGCUCUCCCACAUCAAUUAACACCCUUUAUGAAUCACAGUCCCAUCAAGGUCUUACAUGCUCCAGUUUUUGUUUAUCCAAGUACAUAGCAACAAGUCGUCUUUGUCAUUUGUUGGAUGUCAGUGUAUGUGGAAUAUUUAUGGCAAUAGGAAGAAAUAGCUUUAAAUGUUUAUUAUGGUCCUACCCAUAUGUCACUUCCCCCAUGGAGUAGGGUACGUUGUUUCUAUUGAGAAAAAAACACAAGAGUAUGUUGUAGACUGACAAGCUGUCAACAGACCAGAACUAUUUUAAAAAUAUAUAAGACAUAACUGUUUAGACCUAUUUCUUUUUCCUUUUUUCAAAUGAGACUUGUGCGUUUAUUUGAUUAAUAAAUUCAAGGUGAAAUUC